AUCCCUCCCGUUCUUACGGAACACAUGAGGGAGUAGGUGCACAUCAGAUCUUACAAAAAUAAUAUUUUUAUAAGAUUCAUCACGAAUACAACAUCACUUUUGAAGAGUCCGUGGUUUUGCAUAACAAUUAGUAGGAAAUUUCCUUAUUGAUACUGCUUAACUUCCAAUAGAAAAUUUCCACAACCAAGACCAAGAGUCAAGCAAAGCAAAACAAAGACUCCAAAAGUCAAUGGCUCAUUUCCUUUACAUUUCAUCCAAUAAUCAAAAGCUUAAAUACCCAUUUCCCCUUUAGCUUCAUUAUUCCAUCUCUCCACAAUCAUCAAUCUUUCUUCAAGAUUCUUGAAAAAAUAAACAAUAAAGUUGCAAUCUUUCAGCAGCUAAGAAAGCAGAAAUGGUGAGAAUUGGAGAAGGAAUUGAAGUCAAAGAUGAGCUGAUAAAGAAAGCUUGUAACUUUGCCAUGGAAGCUCACAAUAUGUCAUCUGGGAAACCUUAUAUUUACAAGAAAAUAAGUGGGUCGACUGAUGUUGUUUUUGGUUUUGCUGGAACUUGGUCUCUUCAUGGUUGGUACAGUAAUACUCCUUUUGGAGAGACAAAGAUUAACAGCACUCUGUUUCCAUCUUUAAAAAGUAUUGGCACUGAUGAGGUAGCUAUGGUCAAUGAAGCGUUUGCUACAAGAUUUGAAGACAUAUUGAACAAAUCUUCACUUAAAAUUGAGGUGGAGAAGGCAGUGUUAGAAGGAAAACAGAUAGUGUUUGCAGGGCACUCGGCCGGUGGCCCUAUAGCUAUUUUGGCAGCUCUCUGGUGUCUGGAAUGUUGCCGCACAACACUAAAUGGGAAGCUAGAUAGACCAGUCUAUCCAUACUGUAUGACUUUUGGAUCCCCUCUGGUUGGUGACAGAAUAUGGUCUCAUGCCCUCAGGCGCGAAAACUGGGCUUGCUACUUCCUACAUUUUGUCAUGAAGUAUGACGUUGUCCCCAGGAUGAUGCUUUCUCCCCUUUCAUCAAUUAAAGAAUUGCUUCAAGCAAUCUUUGGAUUCAUCAAUCCAAAAUCCCCGUAUUAUCAGCACGAGGCUGUUUCAAGAUCAAGUGAUGCAUUGAAGUUCUUUAUGACUGUAAUGAGGAGUGCAUCCUGUGUUGCAAGCUAUGCUGCAUGUAAUCUGAAGGGAUGCACAAACUUGCUGUUGGAAACUGUUUCCAACAUUGUUCAACUCAGCCCUUAUAGACCCUUUGGAACUUACAUCUUCUGCACUGGAAAUAGGAAACUGGUUGUCAUUGAGAAUCCAGAUGCUGUUCUGCAGUUACUGUUCUAUUCCUCUCAAUUGAGUUCCGAAGCAGAAGCUGCAGUAGUCGUUCCCAGAAGCUUAAACGAUCAUCUGUUAUAUAGAAACGAAAUGCAGGAUAGCUUAGAGAUGCAAGAUGUGGUUUCUCUCAACAAUCUUACUGAUAUUCCUUUAUCUUCAAAUGUCAUUCUAAGUGAUGAAGUUGCAACUAUGAAUUCAGCACUGAAUGACCUUGGCCUGAGUACAAGAGCAAGGCUGUGUCUUCGUGCAGCAGGAGAGUGGGAGAAGCAGAAGAAGAAGAACGAGGAAAAGAUUGAACAAAAUAAGAAAAGCAUUGUGGACGGAUUAAGAAAGAUACAGGAGUACCAGACCAAGUGUGAUAUCCGUAAAGUUGGGUAUUAUGAUGCAUUCAAGCUUCAAGAAACCAUCGAUGACUUCAAUGCUAAUGUGAAAAGGCUUGAGCAAGCAGGAAUAUGGGAUGAGAUCAUUGAAAUGUUGAAAAGGUAUGAGCUUCCAGAUAGCUUCGAGGGACGAAAGGACUGGAUACAACUAGGGACACAGUUUCGCAGGCAAGUUGAGCCCUUGGAUAUAGCAAACUAUUACAGGCACUUGAAGAAUGAAGAUACUGGACCUUACAUGAUCAGGGCUAGGCCUAAGCGCUAUCGGUUCACACAGAGAUGGUUAGAGCAUUUUGAGAGAGUGCAAGCUGGUGCGCGUUCCGAGUCUUGUUUCUGGGCAGAAGUGGAGGAACUAAGAAACAAACCAUUUGAAGAAGUGCAAAACAGGGUUUUGAGUUUAGAAACCACUGCAAGUGGCUGGAUCCAGAGUGGCCUUCUUGGCAAUGAUGUUUUCUUCCCUGAGUCUACCUUUACCAAAUGGUGGAAAACACUCCCUGCUCAGCACAGACUGGCAUCUUGGGUAUCAGGGAAAAUAACUUGUUAGCGCCUUGCGCUCUAAUAUUUUGAUAAAGAUGGUAUUUGAGCCAACUUGCUGACACCUAUAACAUUUCACCACGUAUACUCCAAUGCGUGGUAUUUGCUUAAGAUUAUAAAAAAAGAUAGAAUGGCAGCUCCACAUUACUUCAAUGAGAGCAACCAGAUCUAUCUAGCUCAGAUGAUUGAAGAUGUUUCAAUUUUCCUGAAAAUUGUUUUACUUGUAUGGUAUAUUGGUAGCAAGAAUACCAACAUUCAAGUAUUUAAGGUGUGAUACAACAAACUCACAAUUUUUCCAUG